CGUAACAUCCGCGCCAUCUGAACUUCCGCUUGAAAUCAAACCAAAAUGAUCGCCAUCUUUUAAGAAAAGCAAAUUAAUUGAAAUCCGCCGACAUCUCUUUUGAGUUUCGGUGAUAGGAUAUAUUCAACAUGAGCCAAGGAGUACCGGGGCCAACUGGAGUCCCUGCUCCCACCGGGGUCCCAUAUCUUGGAAGUAAAAUUAGUUUAAUAUCUAAGGCUGAGAUUCGAUAUGAAGGAACUUUGUAUACCAUCGAUCCAGUUGAAGCGACAGUAGCUUUGGCAAAAGGUUUGAACUAUAGCUUUUGUUUAAUUCAUAUAUUAUGACUAUUGGUUAAAAUGCACUUCAAGUCCUUUUUGCAGUCACAAUAAAAGUAUAAAUCGUCCUUGUUAAACGAUAAUUCCAGAAUAUAUUAAUUAUAAUAAACAACUACAAAGCUGUCCUGGCAAACAAAUUUUGUAAAAAUGUUGGAGAUGGUUCCCAAUACUAAUAAUAAUGGGGCUUAAUGGUUUUUAUCCAGAUUUAAUCCUGAUUUCAUUGAUAAUCAUAGUAAUUGGGAGUCUUUAGCUGUAUAUUUUUUCACAGUGCAAGUAAAGUAUAUCUUGCAAGUUUGUUUUGAAAAGGUGGGCGAAUGUGAAGAGAUAGCACCCUGGUUCCAAGAGUCAAUAGUGUCAAAACCCAUGUUAGGGAUAAGUUUGGGGUUCAGGUUAGGUUAAGGGAUACAUUUAGGGUUCAGGUUAGGUUUAGGGAUACAUUUGGGACACAAGUUCACGGGUCGCUGCAACCAAGGUAAAUAAACGUGGUCCUAUCUCUUCACAUUUACCGAAAAGUGUCAACCUUAGCCUAAAUGCUAAAUUAUGAAACACAUAGACUAGCCUUAACUUAAUGAUAACUAUUACUUUAACUUAAAUUGAAAGUUUGGAGAAAAAAAAAGAUACAUAUAAUGAAUGUUGCAUCAGAGAGUGAAUCUGGAAACAAUAACAUGCUACAAAUUUACAGAUUGCUCUCUGCUGAUAAGAAUAGUGAAUAGUUGGGCUAAGUGAUUUGAUAAGGACAAAUGAGCUCAUUUGUCUUUAUAGCCAGGCUUUUAGUUGUGUUUGCAAAUGAAAUUCUAAUUGAUUACCACUUAAGUGUUUGAACAACAGAGGGUAUAUAGAUUUUUUUUUUUUAAAUUACAUGUUUUCGACACUAAAAAUAUAACUCUUUUACUUGUAAAGUACAAUAAAACUAAAGCCUUCAUAUUUUCAGCAUAGUUUAAUUAGGCAUUAGGCUGUAAUAAUAAGCCAUUUUAAUAUUAAUACAUCAACAAAUGAAUUAAAUCAGUGGCAUUUGUUUUGAGCAACAGAUAGUGAGUAAAUUUAAUUUUAAAAUGUAGCCUUUUGUGCCUUAAAAAAUACAAAUUGCAUAAACAUUCCCUAUUCACCUUGAGUUAAUGCAUACAAUCAUUUAGUGAAUUAUUAAUACUGUGAAUAAUUCCACAGAAAAGAUUUAUGAAAUAAUGGAUGUCGCAUUGAAAAAAUCGUAGGUACUUCAGUAAAAAAAAUAUUAUUUUUUUGAUAUUACUUUAGAACACAUUUCAAAUUAAAAAAAUGAUACCAGAAUCAACUUUUUAGCUUUAGUACUUUUUUUAGCUGCACAUUUUUUUAAAGUGUGUUUAUAAUUUGUUUAUUUUUUUUACCAUGGACGAGAUCUCCACAUUCACAUCUUGUGACCUGAUCGCGUCAUGCGCAAUGACUAUAGUAUAUUGUUUAUCUAAGGCAACGCAUCCCCUUAAUACUACGAUACUGUUUAGGGUUGAUUUAUUUUCAACUUUGUCACAUGAAUAAAUAAUUAAAGCUUUCCCUGACCAAUGGUAGUUUCUGCACAAUGAAAACUCUUAUGGAUGAAACUCUGAAAAAGUAAUACGGUAUAGUCGUUAUGUAAGUGGCUUCUGAAUGGUUUCCCAAUGCAAAAUUUGGCCAAUUAUGAUCAGUUAUAAUAUGGACUCUACCGGGUUUUUAAACCUCAAAUUAGGAUAUUCUUGUUUAAAUGCCUUCCAAGUUCACUCUAAAACAUAAGUUAUCCAAAUAUUUUGAAGUAAAAAGUGAUAAAAGUUUAAUAUUUCUCAAAUAUCGGCAUCUUCCGCCAUUAAAAAUGGGGUUGUGGUCACACCGAAAAUGGGGUAAGUGAACUGCAUGACCGUAGAAACAUAGCGUCUCUCAUUUAACACAUAUCGCUGUGAAAAUUGGCACACAUUUAAAUCAAUACAUGCCCAAUAUGCAUAGAGAAUUUGGCCGUUCCAUAUCUUUUACUUCGACUUAGUUUUAAUGAUGAAAGUUGCCUUAUAUUCACCAAGGAUUUCCUCAAAGUUGACUGAUUGUAAAUGAAAAAGAAAUCAAUUAAUAUGUAGGCCAAAAUGUCUUCUAAAGCGAAAGGCCAAUUGUAGGAUAUAGUUAUUAUUUUAUGAAUGAAAUAGUAUCCACAUCAAAAAAAUAAAACUCUGAUUUUCGCUCGCCGACGCCCAUUUCCCAUACAAAUUUUUUUAGUAGUCUCCCUUGCUUUACCAAAACCUGAAAGAUGUUGACCUUAAUGUUAAAUUCAAUCAUCCAUGAAAUUGAUAAUGCAAGUAGCCAUGCUAUUAGAAAUCCACAGUACCAAUGAUGAUCACUUAAUAUUAUAUUGGUACUUUUAUAUUAUAGUUCAUUGAACGGCUGCAUAAAAGAUACAUUUUCUUAUGGUCUAAAGCAGGGUUCUCCAAACUGCGAGCCGGAUGCGGCCUGCAAGGCCCUCUCAUCCGGCCCAUGGAGACAAUUUUAUCUACGAAAAAAGUUAUGGAAAUUUACAUGUAUCCUGCCAAGAUUAGACGCCGCUGUUUUUACCAAAUUAAAUAGAGUAGCGCAGUAUUGCGUUAUGUUUUUACUAGGGGUGUGCCGGAUCCGUUUUUUCCAUCCGGAUCCGGAUUUUCUUAUGCGAAAUCCGCCGGAUCCGGAUACCGGUUUCUCCCGGAUUUUGGUACUAUUGGUAGAUACUUCGGUACGUCAAGGUGGACUACUACUUUUUGUGUAUGGGAAUUCGCAAUCGGCGCCAAAAAAUCCGAGUUUUUAAUUUUCCGAUGUGUGUGUCUAUUUAUUAUUAAAUUAGUACUUUCGAUAUAUAUUUGAGUUCCGUUCCAUUUGGAUAAGUGUCUUACGAGAGACGCCAUGUUUCUACGCGUUCGCAGCAGGUUAUGCAGCUCGCUCAACCUAAUUUCGCCAUGGGGUUGGCCACGCCCCCCUUUUUAAUGGCGGAAGUUGACGAUACUUAGGAAAUAUUAAUUUAUUAUCACUAUUUACAUCAAAAUAAUUGAUAACUUGUGUUUCAGAAUGCAUUUAAAGACAUUUAAACUGGAAUGUUUUAAUUUGAGCUUUAACAACCCGGUAGAAUCCAUAUUAUAAAUGAUCAGAAUUUACCGUGUGCAACACGUUGUCAUUGGCAACCAUUCACAGCCACUUGCAUAACUGUAUCGUAGUACUACCUCAGAGUUUCAUUCAUAAGAGUUUGCCGUGUGCAAAAACUAUUAAACCAUUGGUCAGGGAAAGCUUUAAUUAAUUAUUCAUGUGCCAAAGUUGAAAGUUUAAACUAAGUCUAAACAGUAUUUUAGUGAUAAGGCAGGGAAUGCGUUGCCUUAUAUAAACUAUAUAGUCAUUGCGCAUGACGGGAUUGGUGGAAUGAGAUCACAGAAUGUGGAGAUGCAGUCCAUGUUAAAAAAUGACAAACCAAGUCGUACUUUAAAAAUUCAUAACUUUAAAACUACAACAGCUAAAAAUAUGAUUUUGGUGUUAUAAUUCUUUAAAAAAUUACAUCUUUUCAACUAUGCCAUUGGUUUAUUUUUACAAAAAGUUUAAAUUUUCUUAUCAAAGUCCCUACACUAUUGGCCACUAUUAGCGGUGCUGACUCUAGCCUCUGGUAUGUACGGAAUAUUAAACAUUAAACAAGCUCAACGCUCGAAACAAUCGAUUAAUGUAUCGUGAUCGUGUGAAAUUCGGGAAAGAGAAUUACUUUUAUUUCAGAUUAUGAUCCGGUGAGUCACAAAAUCUGGCAAAUUCCGAAAUCCGGUAUAUUCCGGAAUCCGGUUGUUCCGGAUACAUGUAAAUCCGGCGGAACCGGAUUUCACCGGAUAGUGCAAAAUCCGGCGGAACCGGAUUCCGGACCGGGGUCCGGCACACCCCUAGUUUUUACCAACUUGAAAAUAGAGGCACUCUGUUGUGCGCUGUGUUUUCCAACCAAUUGCAAAACCUUAUUCACUGCUUGGUUUUUCUACUUCCGUUCAGUCAAUGAAAUGAUGUAACACCAACUGAUGGCGGAGUUUUUAAAUGGUUUGCUGCUUGAUUAUUUUGAUCAGUUGGCAAGUUGCAGUUGACUGCUGCGAUGAGGUGGUGUUGGUGUCAAAUAGUGUCUGAUUCGGAAACAUGUUGCAACAGUGGAGUUCCCCACAUUUGCAUGCAAGAUCAAGAAAGACCUCCAGCUGCAGUUUCAGCAGUGGUUUUCUGACUUGGAUUCAAAGGCAUAAGAAGUCAGACAGUUUUAAAACCCAUUUGAAGCAGAUGUGGCCAGUUGCCCAGAUGAACUGCAGCUGGCAGUAAUUGAGUUGCAAGCAAAUUACCUCCUUAGGGACAAGUUCAAAGGAGGACUGGUGGGUUUUUACCAGUUUUUGCCCAAGGAAGACUUUCCUAAUGUCAAAACUUUUGCAUCAGGGUAGCUUUCAAUCUUUGAAGCAACAUACCUGUGUAAACAAACAUUUUGAAGAAUGAAAUAAGUGAAGAACGAUUUGAGAACAAACUUGUCCGAUGAUAAUCGCAGGUCACUGUUGAUGUUAGGGACAACAAAUCUAAAAGCCAGAAAUUUCUGCUAUUUUGGCAUCCAGGAAACAAUUUCACCAUUCCCACUAAUACAGGUGUUCAUGUAUAGUGUAUCAAUGUGUUAUUAAAAUAAUAACUAAAUAAAAUAAUGUUAAAUAAAUAAUUAAAAACAACAUCCAUGUUUUGAUACUUUUUUUUUUUUGGACCUCAAGUGUGUAGUCAGCCCCUGAACUGCUGUUUGAUAGUUAAGGUGGUCCAUGGGUCAAAAAAAAUUUUUCUAUGUUUCUUAAAUUAAAAUUUUUUUUUUUAGUACAUACUAACUAUACACCAAUAGAAAGACAAAAAAACAUAGUUUAUUUAAAAAAAAAUUUUUUUGACUUUUAUUGCAAAAAUUAUAUAAUUUUAUACAAAUAUUGACAGUUACGCAAAAUGUAUCAACACCCAAAAGAUUUAUCAACAUAAUGAAACUUUGCACACUCAUUAAGAAUAGAGUUGUUAAAAAAAUUACAAAAGCUUUCUGCAUUACAGUUAUUGGAGCAUCUACAAAUGACAUAUUUGUGGAGUCACAUAAUUUUCUGGCAAAAUACCGGGGGUAGCAUAUGUAAAAAUAUAAUUUUAAAAGUUCUGUUGGACAGAUCUGAAAAAAGGAGAUGUCACUUUGUAGAUAAUAUCAAUGGUAAGAAGCAUGGAAAGUUUGAAGCCUGUAGCUGUUAUACUUUUCCUCCUGAUGCAAUUGGCAUUCCUAAAAAAUCUGAAAAACAUGAAGUUGAGAAAAACGAAAAAGAAGUCCAAAAAUGUUUUUUUUUAAAAAUUAAAGACGACAUGAACAAGAUAUAAUGCAUAAAACGUGUACAUAUACUAUUCAUAAAUGAAAAACCAAUAUAAAAAUACAGAUAUAAAAGAUAGAAAAUUAACAAAGUCAUAUUUUCAAACAUCAACCUCCCUGUCCCAAAUAAAAAGUGUAUAACAAUAAAAAAUAAUUAAAAUUUUUCUGUUGGACUGAUCCAGAGGAGGGAGAUGUCAUUAUGUAGAUAAUAUCAAUGGUAAAAAGCAUGGAAAGUGUGAAGCCUGUAUCUGUAAUACUUUUCUUCCUGAUACAUUUCGCGUCCAUGAAAAAUCUGAAAAAUGCAAAGUUGUGAAAAACGAAAAAUAAUUUUUUUUUAAUUAAAGACUACUUGAACAAUGUAGGAUGUAUAUACCAUGUACAAGAACCAUUCAUAAAAUUAAAAAACAAUAAAAAACACAGAUAUAAAACACAUAAAAUUAAUAAAGUCACGUUUUCAAAAUAACAACCCCCAUCCCAAAUAAAAUUAUAAUAAUAAUAAAAAUAAUUUUUAAAUCUCUGCUUGACAUAUCUAAAAGAAGGAGGUGUUAUUAUGUAGAUAAUAUCAAUGGUAAAAAGCAUGGAAAGUUUGAAGUCUGUAGCUAUAAUACUUUUCCUCGUGAUGCACUUGGCAUUCCUGAAAAUCUGAAAAAACGCAAAGUUGAGAAAAACAAAAUAUUUAAAAAAAAAUUAAAGUCUACUUAUUUAACAACAUUGGAUGCAUAUACCAUGUACAUAUACUAUUCAUAAAUGAAAAAACAAUAUAAAAACACAGAUAUAUAUGAUAGAAAAUAAUAAAAGUCAUGUUUUUAAAAGCAACCCCUUGUCGUAAAUAACAUGAUUAUAUAAAAAAUUCUGGAAAAAUUGUCUAUCAUGUGAGUGUGAGGUAUUUAGAUAUAACACUAUCCCUCCUGAGUGAGCCAACUCCCAUCAUAGGACCAUCAUCAAUGUCUACUACCUCUGCAACUUAUCCUUGUAGAUUGGUAGCGAUUGAUGCAGGGUGGUAGUGUAGCACUCUGGUCGAUUGUUUUUUGGUGAAUGUUUGGUACAUCCAUUAUUUGGAAAAACUUCCCCAUACCAGCAUGCCACAAUCCAGUCACUAAUGAUGCUGUCGCAGCUCUUUUGCCGACAUAAAAAAUGUUGCCUUUGCAUACAACUAACGUGUCAGAUGAUGGGAUGACAACGUCACAUACAUUACAUACGACUUUUAAAAAUAACGCUAGUCUAUAAAGUUAUUUUCACCACUGUGAACCUUGAAGUGUCCUACUUGCAUACUGGGCAUGAAAACGUUUGAAAAAUGGGCUGGAGGGCAUCUAUCUGCAUGAUAGAUGAGGCAGAGAAGCCUAUGGUAUGAUUGAUAUUCCAAAGCAUGAAGUUUGUUCUUCGAAGCAUACGAUGCCAUAGAUUCUUCAGAUAUUGAAGCUGGCGUUGAGGCUGGUGCCGAAGCUGGCGAUGAGGCUGGUGCCAAAGCUGGCGAUGAGGCUGGUGCCAAAGCUGGCGAUGAGGCUGGUGCCGAAGCUGGCAGUGAGGCUGGUGCCGAAGCUGACGGUGAGGCUGGUGCCGAAGUUUGCGGUGAGGCUAGUGCUGAGGCUUGCGGUGAAGUUGGUGCUAGUCUGGCUUUCUCUAGUUACUUGGACUUGGAUCACUUGUUCUUGGGGACAGGGAUUUUCUGUAUUAUGGAAAAAAAAAUGUUUAUAUUAGCUUUUGAAACAUAAAAUUAUAUUAGUAUUAGACUGAGCAAUUAGCUCCUAGUUAGCCUGGCAAAGGUAAAUAGAAUCAGUAUUUUUUUGUUUUUUUAAAUCUAAGGAAAUGGCAAGAUUUCUACUAUUAUUACAUUAUUAUUAUCUGUUUUAAUAAGUACAAAUUAGGAAAUCCUACACUCUAGGCCUAUUCAAAUUUUGCAUUCAUUUACAUUGAUCAAUAUUACCAUCUCAUAAAUGUUGUUGACAACGAAAAUUGAAAAUCACAUCAAAUUAGAGACGUGUAAGGACACGAACGUAAAGAAAAAUAGUAAUGAAUAUAUUGAAAUAUUUUUUGUAUUACAAUUUUGUAUAUUUAGGCAUAAAGUAGCUUUCAAUUUGAUUCAUAAGCCUACGCUCAUUACAUUUUUAUAUGUCUGCGUAUAUCACUGUUUCGUAGUAGUAUUAGUACUAGUCACUAGUAAGUAGGCCUAGUUACUAGUUACUAGCCCUAGUGAUAAUGACACUGUAUUAUUAUACGAAACCUAGCUCAACCUUCACUCGAACGCCUAAAACUAGCUAAAACUAUUUAAUAUAAAUUAAAUUAUACAAUAAUUAAUUCAACUUACCUUUUCAAAGCAAAAAAAUAAGUUCAAAUUUGAAUUUAUUUGAAGACUGCAAAAGUAAAGUCGAUCGAUCGAUAAAAGGUUACGCCAACUGGACACAAUGAAUUUGGUAGACGGCCAUUGCAUUGUGGGAUAGAUUUCUGACUUGUUGAUGAAGUCUAAAAAUAGCUGACCAAUGACAAUAUCCGAUUUAUUGAAACUUUAAAUCUCGACCAAUAAGAACAUUUGUUCGAGCGAAAAUAUAGAGGCUUUGCCGAACAAAGAGCUCCCGCCAGCCUUAUUUCUGAACAUUUUAGUGGGCGAUACCAUUACCGAGUAGAGAGGCUAAGCUUUCCAUCGAUACCAAAUAUGACUAUAUUGCGUUGUAAUUAUAUUGUAAAAGCGAAGGGUGCGCCAGGGGGUCUAUGGGGCCUGAAUUUUGCCCCAGAAGUCAAAAUUUGCUCUUACCAUACUACUUUAAAAUACAUUUUUAACAACUUUAAAUUAUUUUUUAAUGAAAAUGGUAAAAACCAAAAUGUUCCUUAGAUGUUUAUCUAGUAAAAUUCACCAUAAUCUCAUUUUUGAUAAAAAUUAUAUAAAUAUCGAUAUUUUCCCCCGUGGACCACCUUAAUGCGGCCCUCGGGCUGAAAAGGUUGGAGACCCCUGGUCUAAAGUAAUGUGUUGGCUGAGUCCAUGGUAAUCUUGAUCAAAUUUGUUAUGGUUAUAUAUACCAUUGGUAAUGAUUCGGUUUAUGACAUUGAUGGAGUCCUGCGUGUUUAUAUCAUUGGUAAUAAAAGGUUUUUCGAAAAUGGUUUACUUUGUGUCAAUAUUGUUUCCACCCAUCAUGAUAAGGAGUCCUGAGUGUAUAAAUGCAGUAAAUGGUGAAAUAUACCCAUAGCAGUUACGGUUAUGCUCUGGUGGUCCAUAAUGUGGUGGAAUUAAAAAAGAAUUAAAGCAUAGAUUUAAAUGACUGAAGUUGAUUUAGUUUUGAAAUGUUUAUCAUGAAUAUAAAUUUUAUUAUUUAAAAAAAGUAAUAAUGAAAUUUCAUAAAUGUAUAAACUUGUUUUCAGUCAUAUAAUUAAAACAAAUAAAGUAAUAUAAAUGAACUGGAUAGCUUUUAAAAACAAUGGAUAAAUAAAGAUUUUAAAUACUUCUUAUGUAAUAAGAAGAAGAAUAACAGAGAGUGGCUAUCAUUUCCGGUUCAUUAUUAUAAGUAUAAGCCUGCAUUCAAUCAUUGCAGUUGUAGUACUGCUAUGCAAUAUAUUGAGAAUAGGCUUAGCCUUAAAAAUGAUUGAUACAUAAAAUUUGAAUCUAAGUGAUAAAUAUAUUGUCUCUUGAACUUUUAACUUCUUACAAUUAUUAUUGGCAUGAUAUUUUUCCAUCUUCUUCUUGCAAGUGAAGUAGCUUAGCCUUCUCCAAAGAAGGAGAAUUAGAAUUAAUCAUAUUUUUCAUGACCAUUAAUCAAAGCAAACCUGAUUGAUAAAAAAAUUUUCAUUUCAAAUCUUUUAGAGUCAAAUAAUGUAUUAAGUAUCGAAAUCAGAAGGAUGACUAAGCUUUACAUAUGUUUGAAACCGAUCAUUGUGUCUACACCAGAAGUAGUUGUAGAGUUCUGACAUAAACCCAGUGCCUCUCAACCUUCCUAAUGCUGCAACCUUUUAUUACAGUUCCACGUGUUGUGUUGACCCUCGACCAUAUUUUAUUAUUAUUUUUUUUGUAUUUUCCGUUGGUUUUAGGCCACCUCUGUAGGGCCUUAUAAGAGUAACGACCCACAGGUUGAGAACUUUUUUAUUAACCAAUCAAAAUGCUUAUUGUAUUCAAAGGUCAGGGCUAGAUCACUUGAUACAUGAAGUAGGUCAGGAAAUUGCCAUAUUUUUCUAGAACUGGCAGGCGAUUGAAAGGUUCUGUUUCUUUUGUAAUUUUCUUUAUGUUAAAAAGCUAUAUUUAUCUAAAGCAGCAGACUUGUUUACUCCUACGAUUUUUAGGUGUAUACAUUAUAUAUACUGCAUGUUUAUUUUUUUUACUAUUAAGUUAAUGUAUUGAACGAUUUUUUGAGGACAUUGUACGAUUUUAAAAGUUGAGGGAAUAUGGGUCUGAAACAGGAAUUAACCAGCUUUCCAACCAUACCAAAUACGUUAGGAUUUAGCACUAAAAAAUGGCCCUCAAUGGGGCAAUUUUGACUGAAGAUUGAAAGGGUCAGGUAAAAAAAAUUAAUUUACUUUUCAUACCCGUCUCUUACCUGCAUCUCCCCUUAAGCAGCCGUUCUCAACCUGUGGGUCGUGAACCCUUUGGGAUCCUUUCACAGGGGUCGCGUAAGACUAUCGGGAAAACACAAAUAUGCUACAGUUAUGAAGUAGCAAUGAAAAUAAUUUGUGUUUGGGGGUCGCCACAACUUGAACUGUAUUAAAGAGUCGCUGCAUUAGGGAGGUUGAGAACCACUGCCUUAAAGCAUUAAUUGUCUAUAAGAAUGGGCAAAUAUCACUGAUACACUACUAGAUUUAUUGAUAACAAGCAAAUUGGCAGUAUAUUCCUAAGUGCCAUCUCGAUGCAAAUAUGAUUAAGAAAAGACAGUCAUCUUAUCAUCCAGCUCAGGUGUCCUCUUCUGGAACUUCUCAGUUAAGCUCCCAAUUUGUCUCCGAUUAUGAAACCCUGAUUACAGAGAUUUUAUAGACACUAUAGUUGGUCUACACUAACUGAUCAUUUUCCUCGCAAGAAAAAGACAUUGUCUUUGUAUGAAAAGAUGUUUUCUUCUUGUGGGAGCUAAGUGCAUGUGCUAAAUCUCACAAAGGCUAAAAAAAAAAAUUAAAAAAAAGGGGGGGGGGGCAGAGACUGAAAAAUUCACUAAUGAUCAGUGAAAUGAUGAAAAAUUAAGGCAAUUGCUGGGAAAUUUAAUAAAUAUUAAUUUGUUUACACCUUCAUUGGUCAAUUUUUUUUUAGUGUUUCCAUUUUUUUAUUUUUAUAAGUGAAGGUGCUAAAACACAAAAAGGCAAAAAAAAAAAAUUAAAAAAAAGGGGGGGGGGGCAGAGACUGAAACAUUCACUAAUGAUCAGUGAAAUGAUGAAAAAUUAAGGCAAUUGCUGGGAAAUUUAAUAAAUAUUAAGUUGUAUACACCUUCAUUGGUCAAUUUUGUUUUAGUGUUUCCAUAUUUUUAAUUUUACAAAUUCAUAUUUAUUUUCAUAUUGACAACAAAAAAUUUGUGUUUCAAUAGUCAUGAAUUUUAUCUAAGAUGUCAAUCGAGCAAGUCCGUAGUCAGUGCCUUUUGUGCUGGGACUAUAUUCUGUAUAUUUAUUUGUGUUUAACCUAUAAAAGUGGUUGAGUGGAUUUCCUGACACAACUUGUGCUUUGAUUAUAACCAGGCCACCCCAUCCACAAAUUUAACCAAAUUACUCUUGGAACUUGAAACUGAAAACUACUCUUGAGGCUAGCUAACCCAAGGGUAAACAGUUCUACUAUUCUGAUCAUACAAUCAUUCAGCAGCAAAUGCCUUGCUACAGACCAAUUUUGAGUAAUGAUGAGAAAAAGGCUUUUUUUAAAGACUGAAAACCUGUGCGAUACAAUCAAGAACAAUUUCUAAUUGUAUAGAUCAAUUAAAGCAUCUUACAUUAUUUUUGUCUUAUCAGUUAGAUCAUUUGGAACAGAGGAUCGUCCAACAGAUAGACCUUUGCCAGCAAGGAGUGAAAUUUUUGAGUUUAUUAUAUUUCGAGGCCAUGACAUUAAAGAUCUGCAUGUGUGUGAACCUCCAAAGCCACAACCUACAGAGGGUGUUCCUCUUGAUCCUGCCAUUGUUAAGGUACGUAGAAAUUCAAUAAUCAAACCAUCAGCAAAGAUCUUAUUUGUUGCAUGACAUGAAAAAGGUUAACCUUGCAAUUAGAAUUAGCUUAUUGAUUUUAAUCUAAGCACAGUCUUCCCUCGCUGCUUUGACUUCCAUGGCUUCAUCCCGUUUUUUUUUCUCCUUAUAUAACAUGUAUUCAUUUAAAAGUUGAUUGAGAUAGUGGAAAUGAUACAGCGCGCUCUGAUUCAAUUAUACACCCCUGUAUCACAAUUAACAUUACCGUACGUGUUGACUGUGGGCCUAUGUAUUUGAGCACCCACAGAUGGUCUAAUAAUGUUAAAAGCCGAAUUGAGGGGGUUUUAAACAGGUUUUAAACAUUAAUAAAUAAUCUUACUUCGCGGAAAUUCACUUAUCGCGGUAAAGUCUGGAACUGAUUGACCACGAUAAAUGAGGGGCGACUGUACCACAUAAUUUCUUGACAUGACCAUGGUGACGUUUGAUAGUUAUUUUGUGAGGCUUUUAAAAAACUAAGUGCCGGUAUAUUUUAUCAGAUGCUAAUAUCAAUUAAACAUGUGCACAUAGGAUUUUUUUUCUCAUUAUAUUAUUACGAUUUAUUUUAUUUAUGCUUUUAUCUUUUCACACAUUUGUUUUAGUCAUCUCAACCACCUCCUGGUCCUGCUGGUGCAGCAUAUCCAAAUGCUUCCCCUGGCUUCCCUCCUGGCCAAAUGUACCAGCCGUUUACUCAGCCUAUGUAUUUCAGUCAGGGUCAGCAUGCACCAGGGUUUGCUAUGCCACCUUCCCAGGGACAUCACCAUCAUACUGGUAAAAAGCCCUUUUUUUUUUCAAUUGUGUUGACUAACAUUCUUUUAGAGUAGAUCUUAAAAAAUGUACAUUAGUAAGUUAAUUGCAAGUCCUAACUCAGCUCGGCUUGUUGAAUAUUUUGUCUGUUGUCUUUUUUAAACGUGGGGAACAUGUUGCAUUCUGUUUUUAUAUGAUUCUGUCCGAGGUGACUUGUUUCACAUCUUUAUAUCAUUUUUCUGUGCAUGUUUUUUUAAAUCAUUUCACUAUUAACUAAAUGGUGUUGCUAUAAUAAUUUUUAUAUUUCACAUGCUCAACUUCACUUGUAGUAUUAGUUUGAUUAUUAGCUGCUGUCUCUACUUUUUUUUUUGGAUGUGGUCGCUGUUGUUACACUUGUAUUGUGUAGGCUCCACGAGAGAAUCGUCCCCAGGAGUUGAUCAGUCAGGAGAGCAGAUGAGGACAGCAUCUAUUCCUGCUAUUGGCACAAGACCUGUUGCUGGUGAAUCUGAAAUACCAUUUGUUCAUUUGUUGUUUUUAUUCCUUGUUACUUUUCUGUCUUUAAAAUAUGGAGGGAAAAAAUAUCACAUCUGGUUUUUCAUCCUUCUUUCCUUAAUCAAAUUUCAAUCAUUACUUGUGUAUUUUAAAAAGAACCUGCUUAUAGUUAUUAAAAAGAGUGAUGUUGCAUUUACCCCAUGACUGUAAAUGUAGCCGCUCCAUGUAUUUAUUUAUUUAGGCAUUUUUAUAUAGCGCUUACCAUAAAGCUCUAAGCGCUUUACAAUUAUUAAAAACAUGUAAACUAAGUAAAAUAAAAAUGAGACACUAGGAUAGUAACAACACAUACCGAAAAACAGUUAAUUGCUUAAAGAACUAGUAUUUAAUAAUUUGGAUUUUUCCAUUUGACAUCUUUACAUUGUAUUCUAGUUAUAUUUUAACAAAAUUAUUUUUAGAAUAAACCAGUUUAUAUAUGUUUAAGAAUUGAAAAUAAGAAAAAGGGUAAAGCUUUUAAUGAUGUAAUGGCACGUUAUUUUGGACCUGGGUAACAUUUUAAAGAACAUAAACAGUGACUGCUGUCUUAAAAAAUGGGGUUAUGCUUCUAGCCGUGAAAAAUGCAGUUUAACCACCAUUGAGGAGUUAUGUUAUUUUUAAACGUAGUAUAUUACGUCUAGCUUGCAGGUUGGCAUCCGGGCCACUCAUUAAAGUAAACAUGGGUGUAGCCCAUGGAUGUUUCACCAUUUAUAUGCAGCUGUAAACGGCCGCUUUGUGAAGAAAAAAAAAAUUCAACAUGCCCUUGGUUUUUUUUUAAUGUUUUUUUUGUUUUUUUUAAUAUGUAUGUGCAUUUUUCAUGCUAUAUUUAUUCUAAAACUGGAUCUUAAAAAUUUGGUCAUAAUUUUGGGAUCAUACAUCAUAAUGAUACUGCCAUAAGCUGUUUUUAAAAUGACAUAGGUCUAGCUUUGUUUUUUUAAACACACACAAAAAAAUCCACAAGACUAUUUCCGCUGGUUCAUUAAAAUGUUUGGUAUUGAUUUCACUAGUUAAAUUUAGAGGAAUCUAUAUUGCCAAAGCUGGAGUUUUAACUGAUGAAUAGUUUAGAAUUACAUUUAAAUUGCUAUUAAAGUCAUCAGUUCAUUAUUUGCAUAAAUAUUAUUGAUAAUUGAAAAAAAAAAUCAAAAUUUUUAGAAAAUCAGACUUUAAACAACAUAUUUUCAUUUGGGAGUUGUGAUUGUGAUGAGGCAUAUUCUAGGACAGAUUUUGGGAACCUAUAGAUAUUGUGCUAAGUGUGUUGCUUUGAUUCAUUCAACCUACGUGUCUACAUGCAUGCUGUAGGUUGUCCACACAUAUUUAAAUAAAAAAUACAAAUAUCACGCCCUCGUACCUUAUGUCAUGGUAAACAAUCUAUACUAGAUUUAUUUCAACUUUGAAAAAAAAAAAUGCUUGUAAUUUAUCAUCUAAAGAUAACUAAUGAAAAAGUUGUCAUGUUAAAAUUGUUUUAACUUUUUCCUAGUGGAUAUUUUAUUUAAUUUGCUAUUCAAUUCGAAACAGGCUCACAAAGCUCUACCCCGCCAUUAAGUCGAAAGUCUCCAACUUCUGAUCAGGGUGUGCAGGUGCAGCCAGGAAGUCCAGAAAAAGGAUCACAUGAUAACCAACAUCAGUACAAUAGAACCCAACAUCAUCCUCAGCAACAUCAGCAAUACCGUGGCCAAGGUAUGAGACGUGGGGGUGGUGGUGGUGGAGGAGGAGGAGGUCAGCGUAUGGAUAAUAAUCGUUAUCGAGAAGAGAGAGGCCAGUCAGGCUCCUAUUCCAGGGGGAGAAGCAAUAACAGGGGUAAGGGUUUUUAAUGAUGCUAAGCUGUUUAUUUUUAUCAUAAUUAAAAUUCUUUCCUAUUUUGAUGUAAGGCUAACUUAAUGUAUUUUCAAACGUUAACCAAAUUUUGUUUAACAGAUCCUCUUUCGGCUCCUAUGAGAGGUGGUCCUCAACGAGGUGGACCUAGGGGUGCGCCCCGUGGUCAGGGUCAAAGAGGUGGUAGAUCAGCUGAACCUCUUAAGUUUGACACUGAUUUUGACUUUGAGACUUCUAAUGCACAAUUUGCUAAAGUUGAUAUUGAGAAGGAACUUAAAAAUCUUUCUCUGAGUAAGUAUGUUACUGCUUAAUUUAUUUACAUGUCCUAAUGUUACACUAUUGCUUUUUUUUUUUUUUUUUUUUUUUCUUUUUUUUCUCUUUUUUUUUUUUUUUUUUUUUUUUUUUCUCCCUACGAAAAGCCACAAAUAUGUAACAAUUGAAGACCUGGGUGUAAAAAAAAAAUAGACUUUUCAACUAAAAAAUUCUGUUAUCCUUUUUUUUUUUUAAAUGAUUCACCGUAAACAACACACCAUUUUCUACAUUGUCUAGAGAUGGCAACUCUUCUAAUUAAGGAGUUAUAUAGUCUUUUUAUAAAUAGUGUCAGGGAGUGUCGAGCUCUUUUGUUGGGGCUUGGUGGCUGUUUGAUUUGUUGUAUGCGCUAUAGAUUUUAGUGCUUUGGCAAUAAAUCUAGGUUUGCUUCAAACUGUUGGCGCCGAAAGCGAUGAAUUUGAUGGAGAAAUAGAUAUUGAAUUGGUUCAAAAUCUUGAUAUCAGUUAUUAAAUUAGUUCAUCUUCUACAAUUAUCAGUAAAGAAAAUUUCUGACUGAUUUUUUUAUAUUUUAUCAACUGUCAAAAUGGAGUUAUUUCCCUUUGCUUGCCUUGAUUGUUUAGUUUUUGACACCCACUAUCUUUUAAAAUAACUCAGUUGGAACUUUCAACAUUAAUUGGGAUUCCUAUUGAGUUACUUGCAUGCAUGUGUUAUCAAAUUUUCAGCCCCACCCCCAAUGCCCGAUUUCCCAUUUUAUAAGGAUUUAUACGAAAUACUUCGUUUUUGGGGGUUGCUUAUUUUUUUACUGUGAUGUUAGUCUAUAAAUUGAUUGGGGGGGGGGGGGGCUGAAUUUGCAGGUUUUAUUAAAAUUGCUAUGGCGCCUCCAGUAAUUAACAACUUAACAAGCAUUUAUCAUUUUCAUCUUGCGGAACAGUGAUAUGCCAGACAAGUCAACAUCAUCUUCAUCUAACCAUUCAGCACUUGAAAGUAAAGCAUUGUCAGUGUGAGCAAUAAUUGCCAUAAGGUCUCCUGGAAGCUACUCAAAUCGGUGGAAUCCUUUUUUGUAGAGUAGCAGGUGGUAAUUUCUUAUGCAUUGUCGGUGCUGUUGAAGAUGCUUUUUCAACUUGACUUGUGAUGCAAAAUAGAUGUUACAGAUUUUUUUAAAAUCUUUUCAAGCAGGGAUGUUAUUAUUGUUACACACUUUACUUUCCCCUAAAUCUCAAAAUAUCCUUUGCCUACUCUAACAAUAUCCUUUGCCUACUCUAACAAUAUCAUUUAUCUUGACUGCACAUGACAUCUAAAAAUUAUACUGGUAUGACUAUUUACACUUACACUCAUUAAAUUUUUUAAAAUAAUGUAAUAACCAGUCUAAUAAUAAUUUUAAUUGAAUAGAUCUAGAAAACAUGAUUGUUGACGUCAACUAAUCUAAACCUCCCCCCCCCCCCCCACCCAAAACCCAAAACAUUUCCCCCCCUUUUUUUUUUUUUUUUGGUUGUUUUUGAUAAAAAUGGGGGGGGGGGGGGGGGGGGUGGUCCUUACAGGUAUGCGUCAGCUAUUUGCGGACUUAUUAUUGGCCCCUUUUAAGUGUCUUUAUAUGCCGUAAUUCUUAAAUUUCAUUUUAAAGUGGGAAAAGCUGAUGAAAGUUACAAUUUUAGGUCAGCCUGCUAAAUAGUAGUAAAAAUGCCGUGAACUGUCCCAAAUAUCUAGUAACUGAUAUUUUUCCCAAAGUAAAAUGGCAUCCGUGAAUACAAGUAUAAUUAUAGCAUUAUAUUCUUACUAUUGAAACUGUGCUUCAAGGUCUGCCUAUUCAAAAGUUGCUAAAUGUGACAUGCCUGUUUUUCCUCUAAGGUCUUCAGUUAUGUUUUGCAGGUAUGUAAUUACCUGGAAAUUAAAUCUAAAUAUUUUUAACCUCUUUUUUUUUCUUCCUAGGUGACAAGUCAGUAAAUGGUGACAAAGGGGAAGAGGAACCUGAAAUUGAGGAUGAAGAAGGGGAAGAGGAAGAAGAAGAACCAGUUUAUUAUGACCAAAAGAAAUCAUUCUUUGACAACAUCAGCUGUGAGGCAACUGAACGGAAUAAAGGGUAAAUUUAAAAGGGGUUUUGGGUUUCAAGAUUUCAAAAAAUAUAUUAACUUUCUUCAACAAAUCAUAAGUUUUAUUCCCCAGUGCAUUUUUAAACGUGGUAACUUUUUUAUUUUUAAGGGGUGUUUUUUUUUUAAGUUUUAUUUUUUCUUGUUAUAAUUGUUUUAUGCAUCUUUUCAUCAAUGUAUUAACAAAUUUCCUUUUUUCAAUGCAUUUUAAAAAAAUGUAGCCAACGACAUUCAUGGAGGGAAGAGCGUAAGCUGAAUAGUGAGACUUUUGGUAUAUCUGAAAAUUUUCGGCGCAAUUAUAGAGGGCGUCACAACUGGAGAGGAGGAAAUAUGCGAGGUGGAUGGCGAGGAGGUCGUGGACGAGGGGGAGGUGGCAAUGCUUACAAUAACAGAGAUGGCAGUGCCUUCAAUAACAGAGAUGGCAGUGCAUACAAUAAUAGAGAUGGUGGAUAUUAUGGGGGUGAGCUUUUCAUACUGUAACUGUUAUCAGAAUUUUUGUUUUGAAACAUCAUAUAUUUGAUUUGGGUGAAUUUUGAAGAAAAAAAAGUGGUUAUUGUAGAAACUUUAUAUAAAGUUUGAAUGUUAGCCUCAAUUUGGUUAUGAUAAAUAGAAUUCUUUGAGCACAAGACAUGAUUAACAAUAUUGUUCCAUUGUACUCUUGAUGAAAACUGAAUAUCAACACAGCACAUAAAGUUGUUUUUUUUUUUUUUUUAAUUUUCCUGUGGUACAGUGAACAAGAUUAUUAGACAGUAAACUCAAUAACUGUGUUGAGUACACUGAAGGAAAAUAAUGCUUUUAAGUUUUUCAUUGCAUGUUUUUUUUUUUCCACUUAGGUAAUAGAGGCAGUGGGGGUCGUGGGAGAAGAACUUGGGACUAUGAUGACAGAAGACGGAAUGAUGGUCCUGUAAGUGUCAAACUUUUUAAAAAAAAAUUAUACAUAAGUUUAACUCAUUCCCUCCGGCAGCGCUGCUUCCGGACUUUAUUUUCCUGAGAAAAGGGAAGCAACUCAGUUUUGAAAUUGAUUUAUAUUUUUAAAAUGUUUUUUUAAGUUGCUAAAUAUUAUUUAAUGUUAAUGAAUUAACAAAUGCAACAAAAAAUGAAUAAGGUUUAAUACAAAUAUAACAUGGGGGGGGGGAUAACGUACAAUGGCCAAAAAAAUCGAUUUUCGUCACCUCUGACGAACACAUGCUACAUAUAGACGCGCCGUACUAAAGCACACGUAGUUUUAAAGUGAAACAAGAUAAAAACUUCCGGUUUCUAAAUUAAAUCACGCCAUAGCCGAAAGUCUCGAGGGACGCGAGAUUUCAUUGCUAUUUUUAACUAAAAAUAAGAGUUGUGUCGCUAUGCGCCGGGACGCAUUUGGGCGCAUCAGGAGAACACCAUCCCCCGAGGCGCAUUUAGUCGCAACCGUCGGGGAUGAGUUAAUAGCUGCUCAUUGUUACAAAGAUUAUUUUAGCGUUACGAUUUCCUAGAUUUCCCAAGUUAAGUAUUAUAAUGCUAUAACAAUACACAGUGGAAUCCUGUCAAAGUGAGAUAAUUUAUUGGGGUCCAUAAAAUUGCAUCAUGAUGAUAGUGGGUUGCAUUAAUGUUGGGUUUCAUGUAAAAGUUAAGUAUUGAGAGGUUAUUGUUUUUGGAGUAUCCCUAUUGGUUAGGCAGCUGAUUGGUGUUCAAAUGGAGUUAAUUUAAAGCGAUUCAGAUUUCGUCUUACACAGAUAGCCUACACACCUUCUCAGGAGAAUAGCAAUCAUGUUAAAUUGGAGUUAUAAUACAAAGAGGUUAUAGGCAGUGCAACAUGUUAUGAUUAGGGAGGGAGUUGAAUCAACUGUGUUUCUUUAGUUUUUUUUUUUUUCCUUUCCAGCAACGAGUUGAAGUCAAGUCUUAGCCAGAACUUACACUGGUAUGCAUGGUGAGAAAAUCUUGUCAUGUUGCAUACAGUACGAUAAUGAGUGAACUGUUAAGAUUCAAAGGAUAUUAAAUUUGAAAGUAGACAGUUUUCUAGCUGGACUGAAAGGAAAAUCACUGCAACUUGGAAUGACCUCAGGCAGCAAUUGAAAUGUAUUUAACAUAUGUCACACUGGUUGUCAGAUGAUGAUUAUAAAGAAGCUGGAAACUUGCAAUGGAAUUGCUGUGUACAAAGUAUUAGAAACUGAUGUGUAUUUGGAUGACAUUUUCUAAAGCUAUUGUGGUGGAGAAUGUUCAAACGAGAAUUGAGGUGUGAUUGAACCAGUUGCCUGAAGCAGCCUUAGUUCUAGUAAGUGCAACUGGUUCAUCUAUAAUUUGAACAAGCGAAAGAUGUGUUCACUUUGUUUUAACAAGUUUGCUUCCUGCUGGGAUUUUUUCGUGAAACACUAUAGUAAAUUUUAGUUUUGUUAAUUUUUUUUUUCCUCUUGUUCUGUAGUUCAAAUGGGACAUAACAUUUUUUAUUAUUGUACAAUGAACAAAGAAGACUGAUGACAUGGUGUGAUAAAUUUCACAGUGUUGAAGUCUACUUAUUUCAAUUGCUAGAUCAUUUCUUUGUAAAACUUACAGUGCUAAAUAUUUCCAUGCAUGGAAGAUGGCAUUUUCAAUGAUAUAAAAAAAAAAUGUGUGUGAAAUGUCCAAAAAACUGUAUAAUGAAAGUGAAAGAUUGAUGCUGAUAUGAUUUAACAAAUGUUUGUUGUUGGUCCCUACACCCACCCCAUGUGAGUCUAUUAAUAAUAGUACAGCAGUGAUUAAUUUAUGCUUUUCUGUGUUAGGAUAUUUUGGCAGAAAUAGUGAAACUAAUCUUCAUUUAAUCUUAAGUAUUAAUGUUUUGGGGCUAAUAGUUGUUUGCUUAGGUCUCUUUUAUAUAACUUACUUGUAAGCUUUUAAGGGUAGUGCAUGGUCUCACUUUUUUAAGUCAAUUAAUCUUAUUAAAGUUAUUGAUUAGUUUUUCUUUGUUAAUGAUAAUGCUCUAAAUUUUUGACAGGUUUCAGUUUAAGUUAAUCUUUAUUAGUUAAUCCUCACCAAGAAACUUUAUAAACAUGUGAAAAUACAACCUACUUAGUUUUUAUUUUAUUUUUCUUUCAUGAAGUCGUUAUUACAGACUGGUGUUCUCCGUUUUUAUAAUCGGUUAACUAAUAAAUCCAACUGGUUUAUUUGGUUCCUAUUCCUAUGAAUGAUUUGUUUAGACGCUAUCAAGGAUCUUUCUCAGAGACUGUUGUAACAUCAUUCUUUUAUCUGGUGUUUUUGGUAAAUAUACAUGAGUCCUACCUUAAGUUUCCUGCUUGGCGCAGUAUUUAAAACUAGUUCACUUAGCUGUGUUAAUGUUAAAAUUAAGAACUGUAGAAGCCUGUAGUUCUGGGACAGUUUUUGUCUGAUGUGAUAAUGGUUUGUUAUUAUUAUCCGCAUGUAUCACAUUUGUGAGAGAUUUGUGGAUAUUUUCUCUGUUGAAAUGUUUGUUGAUUACAAAGCAAUUUAAUCACAUACCGCAGUUUCAAAUACAGAGGACAACAAAAUUAUGAAAAUUAUGUUUUACAUUAUUCUUUAAAAAUUAUUUUAGAUAUGUCCUUACAAUCUUUAAGUGAGUAUUGUACAAAGUCAAUUAAAAGACCUUCUCUAAAGUUAAUACUGGACAGUUCACAUUCAUUCAGUUCUGAUGUGGCGACUGGUGUUUGAGGCAAUAGCCUAGUUAUGCCACUUGGAUAUGGAGACAAUUUACAAAUACAGUUGUACUCAUUGCACUGUAGUAAGUUAUUUCAAUUGUGUACCAGUACAUCAAAUGCUGAUUAUUUAUAUUGAUGCUUACUUUAAUCCAUUUUCAGGCUUGAUUGUUAGUGCUGAAAGUAAAAGUGAUCAUUUUGUGUCUGCAACUUUAUUAAUUUUUUUAAUCUCUUGCAUUGAUAAUUGAUUUAAAAUUACAGUAUUUGAAACUACAAAAUUUCAGUUUCACUUGCAAGGACAGUUAAGUUAUUGGGGAUUUUCUUUUAUUAUUAUCAUAAGGUUUAAGUUUUAAUUCAUGAACCAUUUCUUAAUUUGUAAUAUUUUUUUUAAAGUUUAGUAUGCAAUAUUAAAUUUUUGUCAGAUAUAAAAAAUAAAAUAAUAGACUAGGUUUUAUUUUAUUUUUUUAAUAUUUUGCCUAGCAAUGUAUCUUGUAUUGUGACUUUGAAAUCAUUUUUGCAUAUCUUGAUAAUGAAAAUAAAUGAAAUGAAGAAGAGAUUGUUAAUGUUUAUUCUAUUGCUCAUAAACAAUGCACACAUAAAACAGUCCGACCGGUUAAAUUAGGGCUUCAAGAAUAAUGUCCUUAAUUGUUGAGUGUGUAAGCAAUAUUUUCUGUCUCUGUGCGGUGUCACACUUUUUAAAUUACUUGUAUGUCCUAACUGCUUGCUAGAAUUACCAUAUUUCAACAGCACAGAAUCUCAGUUCAGUGAAAAUGAUUUGACUUAUACUUAUGGGGAAAAGUUUGUGUCAUUUAUUAAAAGUGAUUUGGGAUAAAUAUAGUUCUUGGCUCUUGUAAACUAUUUAUAAUUGUCAAGUGAGUAAAUAGCUUAACCAUUUUAAGACCCUAAUCUGCUGGUGUAUCCAGGACUAGAUCAAACCUUGUCUAAUAAACUUUAUAUUGUUGAUUUUUUCCAACU